GCCGAACUCAGUAACUCGCAUUCCAUCUUUCUCACACUUUAACUCAACUCUUUAGGAUUUCUUCAGUGACAGAGAGAGAGAGGUCAAUGUUUUGAUAGAUUAAGAGAGUCAGCAUUAAUUAAUGGAGCAUUCAGAAGAGGGAGUGAUGGAGUAUGCUCCUCAUCCUCCUCGUGCACAACAACAAGCCCACCACUUCCACCAGCAACAACAGCAACUCCAUAUGUUCUGGGCUAACCAAAUGCAAGAGAUCGAGCAGACCACUGAUUUCAAGAACCACACCCUUCCCCUGGCUCGCAUUAAGAAGAUCAUGAAAGCCGAUGAAGAUGUGCGAAUGAUCUCUGCGGAGGCCCCCGUCAUUUUUGCCAAGGCCUGUGAGAUGUUCAUUCUCGAGCUCACCCUCCGUGCUUGGCUCCACACCGAGGAGAACAAGAGGAGGACCUUGCAGAAGAACGACAUAGCCGCUGCCAUUUCAAGGACAGACGUCUUUGAUUUCUUGGUCGACAUUAUCCCCAGGGACGAGCUCAAAGAAGAAGGCUUAGGGGUAACCAAAGGAACCAUACCAACACUCGUCGGUUCUCCGCCAUACUAUUACUUGCAGCAGCAGCAGCAGCAGCAGCAAGGUCUGAUGCCCUGGAGCACAGGGGAACCAUGAUCAGCUUUAUAAAUACUUUUUCCUCUUUAUCUUCAAGUCAUAAUAACACUAGUUUUGAUCUGUAUCCUAUAAAGGCAGCUCUGCUGGGUAUUGUUUAGCUUGCUCUCUUCAUCCAUCCUGAUCCACCACAACAUGGUGUAUGCUUUCUUUCUUUUUUCCAUUUCUAGUGUGUUCUUCUGUAAUGAUACAUAUUAAUUAGUAUGCUCCCCAGAUGCUCUA